AUGCUGCCGUCAUUCAUCCAGGCCAUAUUCCCCUCGCUCGGGGGGCCCAAGCGCAUACGAGAUGUCGUACGCGCCUGCGACCGCUCGCUCGAGGACUACCGGAGCGAGGUCCAGCGCCUGUUCGAGGCCCCGCUGAAUGCAAAGAGCCUGCUGGCCAUGUCUGCAAAGCUGCAGAAGCAGUUCUACCCCAAGCUCCAGGCGAGCAACAUCUGCAUGCUGCCCUCCUACAACCACACGCUUCCCACCGGCGACGAACAGGGAACGUACCUGGCGCUGGACGUGGGUGGCUCGACGUUCCGUGUUGCGCUUGUAGAGUUGAACGGAAAGAAAGCUGGCGCCGAGAGCAUGCGAAUUACCCAUAUGCGGAGCUUCCGGAUAGACAACGCCAUCCGCUCCUUGAAGGGCCAUGCAUUCUUUGACUGGAUGGCGGAGAAGAUCGAAGAGUCCAUUUCCGGUCCAGAGGGGAAAUCGUGGAACAACGGAUCGACGCUUCCCAUGGGCCUCGCUUGGUCAUUCCCUGUCGAACAAACGUCAAUACGCAGCGGCAUGCUGCUGAGUAUGGGCAAGGGCUUUCUGGCGACGGAAGGCACUCUUGGGCGAGACCUUGGCGAGCUGAUCAUGAAGUCUUGUCAAGAACGGAACCUCAACGUCCGCAUGGAUUCUAUUGUCAACGACGCCUCCGCCACUCUUCUCUCCAGAGCGUACAAGGACAGCUCAACGCGACUAGCGCUGAUCCUUGGCACUGGGUUCAAUGCCGCAGUCCAUCUUCCAGUUUCCGCUUUGGCUCAUUCCAAGUUCGGACAGCGGCCGCAAAGUUGGCACGACCAAGCAAACCACGUCCUUGUCAACACAGAACUCAGCAUGUUUGGCAAAAAUAUCCUACCGACGACACGCUGGGAUGACACUCUAAAUAUUAACCACACGCACCCCGACUUCCAACCCUUUGAGCAUCUUGUCAGCGGCCGAUAUCUGGGAGAGAUUGUCCGGUUAGUUCUCCUCGAGGCGGUCCGAACGGCGGGUCUGUUCGGUGGAGAAGUCCCAGAAAAGCUAUCAGAAGCCUAUUCCUUAGACACCGGCAUUAUUGCCGUUUUCGAGUCUGACGAGUCUGCAUCUCUUUCCCAAGCCUGCACCGCUUUUCAGACCGCUCACCCCCUCCCGAAACCCCCCACCUUCUCCGAUCUCUCAUUCGUCCGCCACAUCUCGCAACUCGUGUCGCACCGCGCCGCUGCAUACCUUGCGGCAGGCAUUCAUGCGCUGUGGUCCCUUCGCGCAUCCGCCGAGGGGCUUAGCCCCUCAUGUGUUGGCCGCGUGUCAAUUGGCUGUAACGGUUCCGUUAUUGAGAAGUACCCGUACUUCAAGGACCUCUGCCAGUCCUACCUGGACGAGCUCACAGACCUAUCGGGCGCAGAGCCACACUCCGUCGUACUAGAGCCAGCUGUCGAAUCAGCGAUCUUCGGCGCCGCCGUGGGUGUGUGCUGCCUUGAGCAACGCGAAGCCUGA